AUGGACGAUCUCCCAUCUCAUUCUGCUUUCCCAACUGCCUACUGUCUUAUUGCUCUCUUAUUUUCUAUCCCGUCUACCAAUAUGGCCCCACGACCAAUCCCCCACUCUAUUCUCUCUUCUUCGGCUACCCUUAUCCCAGCCACUCGUCCUCACCCUAUCCAGAAGACCCCUCUCGAGACUUCUGCCGAGAAAGUCGCGAAGUAUUCGAAGAUUCUGAAGCUUUCCAACUGUAGACAUGCUAUUAGUCAUGCUCUUCUCAGACUCGCCCAACUGAACUGUCCGAUGAGGGUAUUUGAGACAUGUAAGACGGAAAAGAGACUGCAGAGAUUCGAAGGAAAUGUUGAGUGCCUGUAUCAGGUCAAUAUUCUGAAACGGAAAUUCGAGGAGCACCGUCGUAAAGAAGAAUUCGAAAAGUUUGGAAAGAAAGCAGCUAAGUUGGAGUUGAAGAAGGAGGAGUACGACCCGGAGUUCUCAGGAUCCAACGGACUGAAGACUACAAUAAUGGAGAUGUAUGCAGAGUACAAACCAACACCGAUUAUUCGGAAAUUCAACCGAUAA